AUGUCCUCCGACGAACAGGGACUUGGCGACACGACGCCAUUUGCAGCGGCGCAAGCACACUAUUCACGCCUCCACCGAGUGUACCAGCAGCAGCUUGACCGCAUUACUCCGUUCGUUGCAUAUCGAUGGCUUGGAACAGUUGGACUUCUCAGUAUCUUUAUGCUGCGGAUUGUCUUGUCCCAAGGGUGGUAUAUUGUGUGCUAUGCACUUGGCAUCUAUCUCCUCAACCUCCUCCUUGCCUUCCUGCAGCCACGUUUCGACCCGUCUCUUGAGGAAGACUUACUCGCGGAUGAAAUUGAGGGCGGUGGCGCGGACGAAAUCCCCUCACUACCCUCGCAGCGCGACGACGAGUUCAAACCCUUCGUACGGAGGUUGCCCGAAUGGCAGUUCUGGCUAUCAUCUACGCGAGCGACGUUGAUAGCACUGUUCUGCACGACGUCAGAGGCCUUCGACGUCCCUGUCUACUGGCCCAUCCUGGUCAUUUACUUCAUAACCUUGUUCGUCCUCACCAUGCGAAGGCAAAUUCAACACAUGAUCAAGUACAAGUACAUACCCUUUGAUUUUGGCCGCAAGGCUCGCUAUGGCAAGCCCGGCAGAUCAUGA